CAGCGCGACUGAGACGCGCAGUUGAGGUGGAACAACGGGCAACACAAUCUGCGGUGAACGGAUACACUUGGCUCCGGCGUGCGCCUUCGCAACCCCGGGAAAAAUUUCCUCUCAUAAUAAACUUCGUUAUCAGGUGCUGGUUGCCACCCUAUGUGGGUCUGAGGAGUUGUUCCUGCUUCGGUAGAUUACAGCAUGAGGACCGAUCCGAUACUCUGACCAAAGACUACUGGACACAGACCGCAGAGGGGGGAGAAGACAGAAGGUUGUGGUGGUGCGGCCAUGGAUAGAAGGAAAGUUUGCCUAUUGAUGAUGCUGUGGGCCAUGGCCCACCUCAGCUCUCCAGGGUACGGGCUCAGGGCCCUGCGAAGGACUACAGGGGGGCGGAGGGGUUCCGCAGGACUGACAGGGCAGGACGCCAACGGAGUGCCACUUAGGCGCUCCAAACGAGGUUGGAUGUGGAACCAGUUCUUUUUGCUGGAGGAGUACACCGGGACGGACCUGCAGUAUGUCGGAAAGCUUCAUUCAGAUUCGGACCGAGGAGAUGGAAGUGUGAGGUACGUCCUCAACGGGGAGGGAGCGGGGACCCUCUUCAAGAUAGACGAGAAGUCAGGGGACAUUCACGCCACCAAGAGGCUGGACAGGGAGGAGAAGGCCUACUACAUCCUCCACGCCAAAGCUGUCAAUCGCUUCACCAACGAGGCGCUGGAGGGCGAGUCUGAGUUCAUUAUCAAGAUCCAUGACAUCAACGACAAUGAGCCACGAUUCACCAAGGACCCGUACAUGGCCAGAGUCCCUGAAAUGGCUGACAUUGGCACCUCAGUAAUUCAGGUGACAGCCACAGACGCAGACGAUGCCACGUACGGGAACAGCGCCAAGGUGGUGUACAGCAUCCUGGAGGGCCAGCCGUACUUCUCUGUGGACCCAGACACCGGCCUGAUCAAGACAGCUCUGCCUGGCAUGGACAGGGAAGUCAAAGAAAACUACCAGGUUGUGAUCCAGGCUAAGGACAUGGCCGGACAGAUGGGCGGCCUCUCAGGAACCACUACGGUCAGCAUCACCCUCUCCGACGUGAACGACAACCCGCCACGCUUCACCAAGACCCUCUACGAGUUCAGAGUGCCCGAGUCCAUCGAGCUUGGGGCAACACUGGGAGUGAUCCGAGCCAUGGACGCCGACAUCGGUGAGAACGCGGAGAUGGACUACAGGAUCAUCGGGAGCGACGGCCCCGGCAUGUUCGAUAUCACCACCAAUAGGAGCACGCAAGAGGGCGUCAUCGUGCUGAGGAAGCCUCUGGACUUUGAGAGAAAGCGUCAGUACAGUCUCCGCGUUCAGGUGGAAAACGUCCACAUCAACCCUCGCUUCUUCUCCAUGGGCCCAUUCAGGGACGAGGCCACCAUCAAGAUCAUCGUGGAGGACGUGGACGAGCCGCCGGUGUUCGAGCGAGCCAGCUACGUGAUGGAAGUCAAAGAAGAUGCAGCCAAGAACACCGUCAUCGGCUCCGUCAGCGCGUCUGAUCCCGAUGACAAAAACAGUCUCGUCAGGUACUCUAUUGAUCGGCGCACAGACAUGGACAGGGUGUUCAACAUCCAUGCAGGCAACGGGUCAGUGUUUAUCCUCAGGGAGCUGGACAGAGAAGAGAACGCCUGGCACAACAUCUCCGUCAUCGCCACAGAGUUCAACAACCCACGACAGAUCAGCCGUGUACCUGUUUACAUCAGAGUGCUGGAUGUCAACGACAAUGCUCCAACAUUUGCCACCAAUUAUGAGACAUUUGUGUGCGAGAACGCUAAGGCUAACCAGAGGAUACAAACUGUGAGUGCCACAGAUCCUGACGAGCCACUCGGAGGACACCGGUUCUUCUUCAGCCUUGCACAGGAGGCUGCUGGGAAGGCUAACUUCUCUGUCCGUGAUAACAAAGACAACACAGCCUGGAUUCUUACACGGAGGAACAGCUACAGCAGUCUCCAGAAGAGCGUCUACCACGUACCUGUGGUCAUUUCUGACGGAGAGUUCCCGAUGCAGAGCAGCACCAACACGCUGACCAUCCGAGUGUGCACCUGUGACCGCGAGGGCAACAUGAAGCUGUGCAACGCUGAGGCGCUCACAGCGAGGGCGGGACUCAGCACGGGAGCCCUGGUGGCCAUCCUGCUUUGUGUCAUCAUUCUGCUCAUGAUCGUGGUGCUGUUUGCUGCCCUGAGGAGACAGAGGAAGAAGGAGCCUCUGAUCAUCUCCAAAGAGGAUGUCAGAGACAACGUUGUCAGCUACAACGAUGAAGGGGGCGGAGAGGAGGACACUCAGGCGUUUGAUAUCGGCACGCUGCGCAACCCAGAGGCCAUCGAGGAGAGCAAGCAGCGGCGGGACAUCGUCCCGGAGACCUUCUACCCUCCGGUCCGACGGCCUGUGCUGCCACCAACCCGGGACAAUAACGGGGACGUGAGAGACUUCAUCAACCAGAGGCUCCAGGACAACGACAGCGAUCCGACGGCGCCGCCUUACGACUCCCUGGCCACCUACGCCUACGAGGGGAACGGCUCCGUAGCUGAGUCCCUCAGCUCACUCGAGUCGGCGACCACCGAGGGCGACCAGGACUACAACUACCUGAGCGAGUGGGGACCCCGGUUUAAGAAACUGGCGGACAUGUACGGGGGCGACGACAGCGACAGGGAUUCCUAACGAGAGCCUGGCACACAGAAGGGGAGAGAAAUGUGAGGCGAAACACAUGUUGAAAACUUUGAGCCCAUUCUGGUGCAUGUGUGGCGAGAGAAAUGGCGCAAGGACCGAGAAACGAGCACCGUCCGUCCAAGUGCUCUUUCACCGCCAUCGAUCACCAUUCAGCUGUCCCUCCGGUGACCAGACGUAGGCUUUGUGUGUCCAGUCAGUGUUAGUUGCGUCUUUGCGAGGGCACAGUGAAAAGAGACUUUGUGUCAAGACUUUUUUUUGUGUGUAUAUGGGGUGUACAUGAGGCCCAAAUAUAUCUAUACCGAUAAUUUUCUUUUUCGUUUGUUUUUCCAAAGCUGCCUGUGAUGGACACGUUCAACAAGCAGUUUUGUAAACCAACAGAUAUGCCUAUGUAUUUUUCAGUGUUUCUGGGACAAAAACAUGCUGCAUAUUGUGAGUUCUAUCUUAGCUUGUGUACGUACGGUAAUAAUGAUACAAUACGCUGUACAGUUGUUUUUCUUUUUUUGUUUUCUUUUCUAGGGAUUUCUAUUGUCCAAUUAACCCGUGCCCCUUUCAGUGACGGCUGCCUGACAUUAGCCGCUUAUCUACAGCUGUGCUUGAGCCACAAGUGCCAGACAAUACUGUUACUGUCAUUUCUAAUGAUAGAAUGAGAAAUCUGAAUACACACUGGUCUGGAGAGGUAUACAACAUCAGAAUUUGUGUUAGUUGUGGCACACUGCUGUUGACAAGUGGCUAAUGUUCUUCAGAGCUUACAUGAGGCUGUGGUAAAGGAACUGUGAGAUUUAGGGCCACAACAAACACCCGCAGACACACUAGUUUGUCAUUUUUGCAGUAUCUGAUUUUCACCUCCACACAGCGUUUAGCAUUUUGCUGUGCGGCGAGCCGAAAUACCAAAUAUUUCCUCACUGAGCUGAAUGUCGUCACAACCAUUUUCUCUGUGCAGCCGACUCUUUGGCUGAAAAAUGAAGUACAACACGGAACAGUGUUAUUUUCUAUGCUACGCUGAUAAAAAAUCCACCCAUCUUAACCUGUGCCAGGCCCAGAAAAGAGGAAAAUACUGGUCUCGUUGGACUUUUUGCUCAUCUCAACAACAGAAACAUCUCAUGGACAGUUACCAUUAAAAUUUAUAUUAUUUUCUUGCCCUAAAUGUUUUUUUUUUUUUUUAUUUCUUCAGGUGAUUAACAAACAUGUGAGUGUUUGAAUUAAAGUACUGAGCGAGAACAAUGCGUUUGCUGAUUGGAAUAUUUUUAAAAAAUUCUACGUGUGUUUAAACAUGGACUCCGUGCAUUUGUAAAGCUUUUAAACUUCAUGUGACGAAGUUUCAAAAUCCAUGAUAUGAAUCAGAAGAGUUGCCUUAAAUUAUAAAAACAUACUACAGCCCAGAUUCUUUGAUUUCACAAGGUAAAGAAUUUCAUCUAAAUGUAUCAUGACUUACAGAAUUAACAAUAAAACUAAACUAAAAGUUUUUCUUGCUUUUAAGAUAAAAUCUGUAUUUGUUUUAUCAAGUUAUGCACUGAAAAGGGCUCUGUCCUGCGCAGUCGAAUGUAUAAUAAUGUAACGUAACACUACAGUAAUAGAAAUGUGCCAAAAAGCAAAGAACACCAGUAUUUUCCUUUGAUAAAGGAGUACUAUUACUGUACUCUGGUCCCUGCCCUUCAUUACAUGUACUGUAUGUAGUGUUGAACAUGAAGCCGGUCCAAGUGUUCAGGCUUUACUCAACUGAUUUCCUGUGGGACGAACGGCCUUUUCCAUAAAGAUGCUUACCAAGGGGCGCCCGACCUUUGAGCUGUGUGGAAUAAGGCUCUUAAACCCAGAGGUGUGUCCUCGGCUCAGAGAGAAGGUCAAGACAUUAUCCUGCAGCAAGAAAACACAACACGCUUUAGUUUUAACUGUGAUUUGGAAAAACAGGUGGCAGAAAAGUGAAAAUGAUCCUAACUAUGGAUAAACAGCUCUGAAAUAAAGCGGGCCGGCUGAACUGGGAGGGCAGAGCGAUAUCAACAAGAAAAAACAGGCCAGCUAAAACAAGCUCUGCCCUCACUUUAGCAAAAGGCCAACCUGUGAAGAGGCUGACAUUUAUCAGACAUUUGAAACAGUAAUAACAAAACACAAUGGCAUAAUUGCUAUAGUGCUACUUUUUUCCUUUCUGUCCUCUGAAUCAGGCCUGACAUCGACAACACUGCAGCACAUUAAACAACCCCAAUUGAUAACACAGUGGGUGGAAAAUUCUUUAUGCUCGGUUAUUGUAUACACAUGUUCUCUUUUUUGCCCUCUUGUUUUGUUUAUUAGCUUGUUGCUGGAGCUCCCAUUGUGUAAGUGGCCAUUUCAGACUGCGGCAAUGUUGCUAUGAUAAGCAUUUAAUGGGUUUAAAAACCCUUCACUCUAAGAAAACUGCUUUUCUGCCUCAAGGUACAAUGUGAGGUCUCAAAUGGAAAUCAGCAUGACAGCAGCACUCACCAAAAGCAUUUUUCCUUCAGUCUUCACUAUUUUCUGUCUUCAUACAGGAUGUCGGCAUAUUGUCAUUACGAAGACGUGCUUGUGUUUUCCUGUGAAGAGUAUAAUUGCCUCUGAGCAUUGGCUCCAUGCUCAGCUCAGAUAACAGAGGAAUGUUCCACAUCGUAACGUACCGCCACGCCACCUCUCUGGGUUUGUUUUUUUUUUUUUUUAAGUUGAGACAAGUAGAUGGUGACACUGAUGUCCUCUUCUUUCUCCAGAUACAAUAGAUCUGUGGUUGUUGAUGUGUAGACGCGGUCGGCCUCGGGGCUCACCUCUGCUACGGUAUAUUAUGUUGGUGACAAUGUGAUUGAGCAGUCGAGUUUUGUCAUUGUAGAAACAAUUUGAGAGGUUGUGGUAGUGUAAGGGGCCCUACACCAUUGGCCGUUCAUCGAUCUGCUUUGUAAAACGUGAUAUUUUGUACUGAAUAUUUAUAUGACACAAUUAAAUAUCUUUAA